AUGGAUCAGGAUAUGGUGAAUAUGUUUGCCAUUGCUGCAGGGACUCUUGCUAUCCCUCUCCUCCUUUUCAUGGCCUCUUUUAUGCUGUGGCCAUCAUCACUCAUCAAAGUCUAUUACUGGUACUGGAGGAGAACUCUGGGUCUGCAGGUACGUUAUGCAGACUGCGGGGGUUAUCGCUUCUGCUACUCAUACAGGGGGAAACCAGGCCUCAGGCCUUCUGUACUCAUGCUGCAUGACUUCUCUGCUCACAAGGACACAUGGCUCCCUAUGGUGAAGUACCUCCCCAAACAUCUGCACUUGCUGUGUGUCGACAUGCCGGGGCAUGAGGGUACAACACGUACCAACACAGACGACUAUUCAGUCCAGGGCCAGGUCAAGAGAAUACGGCAGUUUGUAGAGGCCAUUCGGCUAAACAGAAAGCCAUUCCAUCUGGUGGGCACUUCAAUGGGUGGGACUGUGGCAGGAGUAUAUGCAGCCUGUCAUCCCUCAGAUCUCUGCGGUUUGACCCUCAUCUGCCCAGUCGGUCUGAAGAACCAAAUCGGGAGCAAGUUUGACAGUCAGAUGCAUGAAGUGGAGCACAGCCAGUACACGCUGAAUAUUCCUCUUAUUCCGUCCACCCCGGAGGAGAUGGAGGAGAUGCUGAAGCUCUGUUCUCACGUGCGCUUUAGAGUGCCUCAACAGAUUCUGCAAGGCCUGGUGGAUGUACGGAUACCACACAAUGACUUUUAUCAUGAAGUUUUCAUGGAAAUUAUGAGUGAAAAUUCAAAAUAUGUCUUGCAUGAGCAUAUACAGCAAAUAACUACCCCUUUACAAGUCAUCUGGGGCAAACAGGACCAGGUGGUGGAUGUGUCUGGGGCAGCGGUGGUCGCGGAGGCUCUUCCAGGCUGUCGUGUUGAUCUGCUGGAGAACUGCGGUCAUUCUGUUGUGAUGGAGCGACCACGACAAACAGCCAAACUCAUUUUAGAUUUCAUCAUCUCCCAGCAGAGCACAGAGAGCGCCAGCACCAAGAAGAAAUCCUGAGACAGCUCAGGAUAUCAGCUGUAUAUUACUAAAUACUUAAAUGCAGCACCCCACUGGCCCUGAAGUAUAUAACAAUCUUAUGGAGAAAUAAUAUAAGAAGUAAUAAUUUUGCAGUAUGUAUGUUCACAUGCACACUGCCUUUUGAUUGAUUAAAGAAAAAGAUCACGCUUAUAAAGAAUUGUAUGGUAACACUUCACAAUUAGGUUUAAUAUGUUAACAUGAACCUGAGCUAAAAAUGAACAAUACUUCUACAGCAUUUAAUAAUCUUAAUGUUCAUUUCAACAUGAAAUCAUAAGUUGAAAUCACUGCUGUAUUGUGUUUUUAAUAGCUAACAUUAACAAAAAUUAAUAAAUGGUGUAAAAAAAAAAAAAGAUAUUGCACAUUGUUAAUUCAUUAACUAAUAUUUACCAAUGAGAUCUUGUUGUAAAGUGUUACCAUGUAUAUUGAUGGUAGAGUUAUAAUACUCUCAUCAUGUAUACCGUGGUACUGAUUAUAAUGUACCAAUGCACUUCAUUCUAUGGGUCUUUAUAAUUCUGAGUCCUAUGAUUUUAUAUAGCACUGAGAACCAUACCUCUUUAAGUUUAAGUCCAGUUAUAUAUAUGAAGAGAUCAGAUGCAAAAGCCUCUAAUUGCUAUUUGAAAUUUUCUUCUAAAAUGAGCAUUGUCAUCAGGCUCCUGUGUGUAGGUUCAGUAAUUUCACUUUAAUGGAAAUGAAUAGGUUCUUUUCAUUCAACUCUUCAUUCAUUAGGUGAGGGUGAUAAUGGAUAAAUGUAAAUAUUAAAAUAAGGAUUAAAACAUUAACAUUCCUUGCACUAUGCAAAGCAAGAUGUGUGGAUUAAUUAGAAGAAACAUAGGCUACAUUGUAUAUAACAUUUAUUAAUUAUUUUCCUGUUGUGGGCUUCUAGCAUCAUUCCUGCCUUUCAGUAGCUACAGCUAUGGUACAUGUCCAAUAAACGAUGAUUUACCAAAAAUUGGUUCUUUUUUCACCUUUUUGU